GUAUCCAUUGGCGGCACCAGAUAUAAUCUUUGGACCCGAGGAUGAAAGCUUUCGUCCAUUUCCUAUGCUCACUGAAGAAGUUGUUCAAAGUCAUCGAAAAGUAGUUUGUCUGAUUGGAAUAACAAAGACCCAACUAAGUUGUUGUGUCUUAUUCUUGAGCUUAGGGAUUUGUAUAUGGCGUACCAUAGGAAGCGCGUUGGAAAAGUUGAUGAUGACCGAUUGAAAUUCGAAAUAAGCACUAUUUUUUCAAGAGAGGGAAUUGAAAUGUAUAUGAGCUCAGGUGUCGACAAGGAAGAAGUAAAAUUCUCUGUGCCUUUAUUGGAUAUGGAUAUAAAUAAAAUGGUCAUUGGGUGCACAUGGCGGCAUCAGCAGAAGAUAUUCCUACAGGUUAUAUUUCCCAUCGGAAAAAAAUAUCUAGUGGCUCCUUCAGCUCCACGAUUAAAAUUGGUUUCUUCUCCUGAAUUGAAGGCUCUCUUUCCCAUUGAAGAGUUCAGGCUUCCUCCAUGGUUGAAUGGGAUGUGCAUGGCUGAAUAUCUUCCCACUUUAGAAGAGAUGCUUGAGUCUCAGAUUGGAGAUGCAGUUUCAUCCAUUGAAGUAAGGAGGAAGUUUAUAGUGGCUUUAGCUCCCCUCUUUGGAAGGCCCGUAGAAGCUGAUCCAGUAUGCAUCCUUCAGAUUUUACGUGACUUCAUGUGA